ACACCAAAGCUCAUCGCAAACUUGAAAAAUACGUAGGCAAAAAGCAUACAGGCACUUUUGCCCAAAGCCAAACCGGUCGUACCUAACUUCACUCGCAUUUGAUUCUACGAAGGUCAACUGUCUGCGAGCUAGCUCAGAUGCGCACAGAACGCAGCCGCGAUCGACCGCUCGCUCCGGCCACGUGAAAACUUUUACGUCACCAAAUAACUAUAAAAACAACACUUAUAACAAACAAAAACUUUAUCUUAAACAACAAUUAAAGCAAUUUUAAGUUAUCGUGUAGAGAUAGUGUUCAUAUUUCAGUUUAAAUUGCUAAAGUUCAAGUAGAAAGUUGGCAUUGCAUUGACAAUCUCACAAACACAGCCUGCAUGUGUUACGCUCUUAGUUUUGUGCACAGUGCUUAUGUGGGGUUUUUGAACUGUAUCCGGAAUUUUCAAGCUGUUUGAAGACACAUCCAUCGCUGUAACAAAAAGAAACAAGCUGUUUGCGCUGUCUGCUGAAAAAAUUCUCAACAUAACUCCUGAGGAUCCUCUAGCCGCGUCUUUUUAUAAGAUGUGACUAAAGCCCACGAUGGCAGCCACGGACGGCCAAGUCGUAGUCGCUGCAUCCCGCUGGUCCGAUGAAGGAAACUACCUCCGGGAGUACGUCGCUAAACACCGGCUGCCCAAUGUCGCCAAGAUCAUCAAGGGACAGUACGGCGGGCUUGGCGUGCCCACUUUGCCAAGCCCUAGUCUACAGAGCACUGCCUUACUUGUUUCAGCAGGAAAGAGCAAGAAGAUAAUAGCACAAGCCAUCAAACUGAAAGAAGGAAGACGUAUGGUCAGUGUCGGACCACGGAUCGCCAUCCCAGAGACAUACAAAGGCUAUUUUGAGUUACUUAGCGAGGAAGGGAGGGCAGUCAGAGGCAUAGAAUCUGUGGCAGAACUAGCUAGGAGAAGGCUUGAUGAUGGUUGUCUCGUCAGGGAACCUAUCAGAGUAAUUUGUGGUAAAACUGACUUAGAUGGAACCGUGACCGCUGACGGUGCAAGAAAUUUACCAGCAGGUGAAGUCAUCAUGCCUAGAGGGGAAACAUACUUAGGGAAAAACAAAUAUUUGAAGUGUACGGAUUCAAAAGGAGACGUCGUUCUUCUCAGCUUGGAUCAAAGAGGAAAAUUCUCUGCCGUUGCCAAGGAAGAAAAUAUAAGUGGAGUUCAUACUGCAAAAACGUUACUGACAAAACGACUGCCUAUUACUGUGAGACUUGUGCAUGGUACCCCUCCUAGAGGUAUAAAAAGUUCGAACCAUUUUGUCCCAGAAAUUCGACUCCUAUCUAUGUUCGAAGAAGAGCACGUUUUCGCCUUACCGUUGCAAAAAGAAGGAAACGCAUUAGUAGCUUUGCCUUUAGCUGCACCAAUCAAAAUGUUGAGAUGCAAAAACGAAGAACAGAUAAAAAACUUUAUGGAAUUUUCUAGGCUCGUCGAAAAAUGUAAUCGCUUGUUAGUCGAAGUGGUUGAUAGGAUACACGUAUUAGAUGGAAAACUGGGCGAUCCUAAAAGGCUUUUGAAUACUCCUCUUCAUGCACCACCGUUACUUAAAACUGGUUAUUUCUUACGGAGAAGUGCAUCUUCAGACACAGCCAAUCAACAUAAACAUUUGUCUAGGCAUAGCCAUAUUUACAGUAGCCACAGAGAUGAGAAUAGCAUUCCUGAUGAGAACGAAGAAAUCGAUCGGAUCUACGAUUACGUACGAGGCUUCGCUCCUCUUCCUAAGAACAUAAAAGCAUCUUACACAAAUGAACCACAUCUAAAACACGAAACUGCUCCAUCUUCUCCUGCAGCUACGCCUAUCCACAUGCCUUUAAUUACUGAGAUUAAACCCGAGCCACCACCAAUAGAAACUAUUCCAUCCAAAAAACCUAUAAAUCCGAAAGCAGAGAAGAGGACGCGAAAAACUGCCGUAACCACAAAAGAAGUUCCCAUAACAGUUUAUAAAGAAAAAUGUUCCAUCGCCCCGGCGCCGAACCUCCCUAAAUUGUAUAUCAAAAACGGUAUCAGUAAUAAUAAAAGUAGGAUGGUUUUUAGACAGAAAAGCAACUCACCGACUAAAGAGUCUCCUAGUCCUAUAGCUAGUCCAAUCAGACCAUUAACGAAAGGCGAUUCUCCAAUCUUUAAUAUUAGGUAUAAGAGUCUUUCAAACAUUCAUCAAGCUAUGGAACUUGAUGGCACCCUAGAUUCAAGCCACUCAGGAGGUCGGACAUCCGGGGACUCGGGAAAUGGUCCCAAGCUUCCCGAAAAGAGAUCAAGGAAACUUAGCAGGCCUAAAUCUCUCACCAACCUGGUUUGGGAAAUGAAAGGUUGUCCAGUAGAGACAGUAGAGAAGCCUAAGGUUCGGAGUAAAAAUGAAGGGUACAAGAAGAUCGGAAACAAGUUGUCCCUAGGAACACAGAAGAGGGUACCGACGUUGUAUCUGUAAUUUCUUGGGUGCAAUGGUGAAGAUCUUCGAAGACGAACGAGACAAGUAUCUCCGGACUGAAGUGCGCCUGCAGCCAACACUUGAGCAUAGACCAAGGACGAUUUUACAGCUGAAGUAGAUGGCUCUGUAUGACCCCGUACGAUCAAAGAAUUUAAUUUCAGUAGGU